GACCAGGUAGCUACUGUGAUCUUUGCGGCAUUUUCUAUUAAAGUAAAAAUAGCUUCAAAAAGGUUCAAUUUAGAAAAUAGUUGGGCUCGAUCCUGUUGUCACCGAUCCGUAAGACUAGCUUACUGUGAGGAAAGUCCACCUGGUAACUAUGGCAACGGUUACUACAGAUCAUUGACCUUUGCCUGAUACGUGAUACGCUUAUUUGUGUUGACGUGUCCGCGGGGGAUGUUUUCACGUAAUUGGUCACGGGGACAGGACAGCAUAAAAACACGUACCGGCACGUACCAUGUACGUUCUGUAGCGUUCUACAAGUACAGUGGACAGAUCCCACUGUUCGUCUUGUCGUCAGAUUUCAACAGAUCGUCUGAAGGAAAGAUGCUUUCACCUCAGAAUCAGAUCGCCCUAGCUGUGGGCGUGUUCCUUGUCCUGAUGUCACUUCUGAGCCCAUCCCAGUCCUGUAAAGUCGUUGACUGGCAGCCCAUGUCGUUCUCAGAACAGGUAGAGGCAGCCGAGAUCGCUGUACAUGCCAGGGUUUUAUGCAAAUGCAAUGGCACCUACGGCCACUGGCCCAGUGCAUACCGAGCAGUGCUGCAGGUGCACUGCGUGUUCAAGGGCGGCCCGCUGCCAGCCAACCUGACUGUGGACGAGAUGGGGGAGCUAACCUCAUGUCACCACACAAGAGUCGAGAUCGGUGAAGACUACAUCCUGUUGCUGAAGCGUGAAGGUGACAUGUACCUCCCAGACGAGGUGAACUAUCUGUCCGUGGCCUUCCCUGCCGACCAGGACCACUUCGACCAGGUCAGCCGGACCUGUGACCUCUCGAACUUCACGUCCCCCGACAACACUAGUGCCCAGCUCGGGUGUUCUGUAAGCUGGGACGGGGCCGGGGCAGACUGUUUGGGGUCAGCUGGGUUCAACAGAGGGUCUUUGGGUCUCUUGGUGGCAGUUUUUGCGAUGUUGUCUUUUGUUCAAGCCCUGUUGGUCUGAUCUGUCUAUGAACUCAAAGUAACAACUUUUAGUGUGUGUGUGUGUGUUAUAUAAACAUUGUGUAUGUUACAUGUAUAUAGAAAAGAGUGGACUAGACUUAGCUGGUUAAAUAGCUUACCCUAUUAUAUCGCUCCCGAGUCAUGUAGGAGGUCUGGUAACCAGGCUAUAGACUCUAUAGGCUGUAGGCUGUCAGAAUAGUCUCUAUAGUAAGCAUCUCUUUGAAACUGACUUUUAAUUGUACAUUCAAGUGCCUAAGAAACUGGGUAGCCUAUCCUUUCUUUCAACGCAUAUAUCCAAAUUUUCAGUUGCAGUGACAUUAUUGAUUUUGGAAUGUACGUCUACGCUUGACUAACUAGCUACCUCAGACACAGCAAAACAGAAUCACAGUUUUUUACGAUGUAACUUUAUUUUGGCAUCACCAAAGAAUGGCACAUAUAUUACACUGUAUAUAUGAUUUUAUGUGAUACCAGCCCUUAUCAAAGAUGGCAGCAUUUAAAGUAUGAAUAUGAAAAUCAUUAUAUUUUUUAUGAACAGCUGUAUAUACUUAAAACAACUUUCGGUAUGUACAAAGAAUACAUACAUGUACACCAAGUAGACAAAAUACAUUAUUGCAAGGCCUUUCCCACAAAAUAACUUGUUCCUAGACAAUAUAAAGUACAUUGAUGAAGGUUAGACUGGGGCACAUUACACAUUAUACAAAAUACACCAGACAACUGGAUAAGGUGCUCAAGUAUUUAACAGAGCCAGGAAUUUCAGGCAGUAUCAGUAAACAUUGGAACUAGCUAUCGUUUAGUAGAUAAAUGAAAUGUUAGACUGAAGAUUGCGAUCUGGCGGGUUCUGAAGUACCUCUACCUAUGUUAGGAAUGUAUUAGGCCUAGUCUCCAUCAGACUCCUUGGCAGGCAAAUUUCUACCUCAGUCUUUGGCCAAUUACUAGCAUGCUAACCCCUUUUAGGCCGAUUUGGACUAUUUAAUCAGCCUGCCAAGGAGUCUAGUGGAGACUAUGUUAGGGCAGUAUCCUACAUUAAAUCCUACAUCUCAAAACAAUUGAUGUAAAGUGAGUUAAGUGACACAAAUCGAAGUUGAAAAGUUCUACUGGCAGAAUCACUAAAUUCCCUGAUUGCCCUGGCCUGAUAUAAAUCAUAUUUGUUACAUACUUAACAGCAUUAUAUCUUCACUGUCAUGUUGUUUUCAAUUUGUUUAAACACUUUGAUGGGAGCAGUAAGUGAUCAAAUGUAUAAUAUUUUCAAAGCUGACAAUAUAUAUCGCACCCAUUUUACAUGCAUUGACCUGUUUGCAAUUAAUAUGUACUGCAUCACUGUAAAUAUCAACUAAUUUCAUGUACAUCUGUUAUGAAGUUUUUUUUUAAUAAA